UGGAGCUGAGCUGUUGUGUCUCCCAGAGGAAACAUUUCUCCUCCUGCAGCAACAAUGACUUCAGUUCAGGCUUUAAGAGAGUUUAUCAGCGAGAGACUAACUGCUGCUGCUGGAGAAAUCUUCACCGCGUUUCUACAAACUAUCGUCCCCUUCGAGGAGGAGAUUGACCGACAGAGAAAACUGCUGCAAAUCAGCUCCAAACUGAAAACCAAGUCACACAGAACAGAGAGUCCACAGCAGCACAUUGGUGAGCAGAAGAGCAGCUCCAGUGUGGAGCAGGAGGAACAUGAAGCUCCACACAUUAAAGAGGCGUCUGUUCCUGAUGGUGAAGGUGACGAUUCCCACCACUCUGAGAGAGACUGGAGCAGCCAGAGACUGACUGCUGCUGCUGUGGAGAUCUGCACCCUGUUUGAACAAGCUAUUGUCCGGAGCCAGGAGGAGGUGGAGCGUCAGCACAGACUGCUGGAGAUCAUCUGGAAACCUCAGAUCAAGUUACACAGAGCAGAUCUCCAACAGCACCAUGACUGUAGAGAGGAGCAGCUCUUUAAACAGGAAACACACUGCUGUCUGGAACAGGAGGAACCAGAACCUCCUCAGAUCAAAGAGGAACCAGAAGAACAGGAGGAACCAGAACCUCCUCAGGUCAAAGAGGAACCAGAAGAACCAGGACUUCUACACUUUAAAGAAGAACAGGAGGAUUCAGAACCUCCUCAGACUGAGGAUCAGGAGGAACUGGGUACCAGCCAGGAGGGAGAGCAGCUUCUACUGAAGUUUGAAAGUGAUUCCUUUAAGGUUCCUUCUAUUGAGGAGCAAAGUGACCUGAGAGAACCAGAAGAAGAACCGGACUCUGAGCAGUUCCUCUCUCAGGACUCUGAAGUCCAUGAUGGAAGAAAACAGAAUGACUCAGAAUCAGCUGCAAAUGCAGAGCUGGAAAAAAGCAGCAUAUUUCAUAGUGACGGAGUGGAGAACUUUCCUGAGUCAGAGAAGCAGGCUGGAUGUGAAAAGAUUCUUUGUGAGGAAACAUUUGGUGAAACCGUCCGAAAAAAACCUAAAUUAAGUCAGAACUCAGGAACUGUCACUGAGAAGAAGAAGAUUAGUUGUGAAGUCUGUGGUAUAGUUUCGGUCUGUCAGAGUGCAUUGUUGAUCCACAUGAGAACUCACACAGGUGAGAGGCCGUAUUCUUGUCAAACGUGCAGGAAAAGUUUCAGUAGACAGAGUAAUUUGUUGAGGCACAUGAGACUUCACACAGGUGAGAGACCAUAUUCUUGUGACACAUGUGGGAAGAGUUUCAGUCAACAGAGUGAUUUGUUGGUCCACAUGAGAAUUCACACAGGUGAGAAGCCGUAUUCUUGUCAAACAUGUGGGAGAGGCUUCGCCCAGCGGGGUGCCAUGUUGGGCCACCUGAGAACUCACACAGGUGAGAAACCAUAUUCUUGUCAAACAUGUGGGAAAAGUUUCAAUACACAGAGUCAUUUGUUGGACCACACGAGAGCUCACACAGGUGAGAAGCUGUAUUCUUGUGGCACAUGUGGGACAGGUUUCCUGGAUCUUCAGUCAGUUCUGCAACAUGUGAAAACUCACCAAGCCUUGAAGUCAUGAAACCUCUCAUGUAGGAAGUUCAGCUUGAACCGGACGUCAAGUUUUCAUCCAGCUGAAAGAAAAGGUUGCUGAUCCUCCAAUAUCUGCAUCUACACUGAAAACUUUGA